AUUUUUAACCGCCACUUUUCUGAAAGUGCCAUCUAACGGUUCUUGUACGAACAAGAAUCGAACAAGUUUUUCCACCAUUCGAUUUUCUCUGACUUCGUGGUUCUGUGAAAAGUGCUCGCAGCAGGCUAUUUGACAAAAUGACCGAUAAGCUACCACAAUUGAUGUCAGGACGAGCCCGUGGCCGAGGGCGUGGGGCAGUUACGGAGACUCCUGGUCCAAGCCAGGCGGCGGAUGACAAUGGCAAUGGGCGCCGCGACCCCACACGUGGGGCUGGGAGUGGAGUUGUUGCUCAGCGUGGUCCAUGGACUGAUCCAGCCUUCACUGUUAGGCCAAGUGGACCAGCAGCCCCACUCGUGCGUCCCGGUGUACCUGUUAUUCCACUCACUGCGGGACGUGCGUCUAUCCACGGUGUGCCCAGGCCGGCGGCAGGCGCUGAAGGGGGACGUACUAGUGAUCUGUCACGUGGUGCCCGUCGUGGUAAUCGCGCCAUAACGGAUAUCGUUGUAACACGCCCGGUAUCGAUGAAUUCAAAGAGGGGCGAGACGGGAGAGGUGAUUGCCAUCGUUGCCAACUACUUCCGCGUGCUGAAGAAGCCAAAUUGGAAUAUCUACAAAUAUCGCGUGGAUUUCACACCGGAUAUUGAGCUCUUGGGUCACAGGAAGGGUAUCAUGCGUCGCCAGAUGGAACGUCUGGGUGCCUUCCAAUUCGACGGAACAAUGAUCUUUUCACCAUUCAAAUUCCAACAUGAUCCAAUGGUUCUCAUGGAUAUAAACGAUCGAGAUGAGAGUGUGCAGAUCACCAUUCGUCUUGUUGGGGAUCUCUUGCCAACUGAUGGCACCUACACGCAUCUCCUCAAUCUCAUUAUGCGCAACACCAUUGAGAGUCUCAAUCUGCAGCGGGCGUAUGGUCCAAAGGGGACAAAGUAUUUCGAUGCUCAGCAAAAGAUUGAUAUUCGUGAGCACAAGCUUCAGGUCUGGCCGGGAUUUUCCACGUCGAUCCGUCAGCACGAGGCGGAUAUUCUGAUUUGCGCUGAAGUCACACACAAAGUGAUCCGCAUGGAGAGUUGCUACAAUGCCAUGCAGGAACUCGCCAAGGAUGUUGAUGGCAUCAAGAAGCUCUUGAUUGGACAAAUGGUGGUGACGGAGUACAACAAUCUAACAUACCGCAUUGAUGAUGUGGACUUCAGCCUGACUCCGUUGUCGGAGUUUGAGAAGAAAGGCGGUGAGAAGAUUACCUUCAUGCAGUACUUCCGUGAUCGCUACAACAUUACCAUUCGGGACCAACGUCAACCACUCCUUGUGUCGCGUGCAAAGGCCCGAGACAUCAAAGCUGGACGUCCGGAGGUGUUGAAUUUGAUCCCUGAACUGUGCCGCCUUACGGGAUUGACGGAUCACAUGCGCAAUGACUUCAGGCUAAUGCGGGACAUGGCGCAGCAUACGCGCAUUGGACCGGAUAUGCGUAUUAAGCGUUUCCUCGAUCUCAAUCGCAGAAUCCAGAAUGAGGAGAAAGCCAAGACGGUGAUGAAGAAUUGGGACAUGGCCUUGGAUAAGCAACUUGUUGAGUUCCCCGGACGUGUACUGCCACGUGAGGAGAUCAAGUUUGGCAAUGAUCGCAGCGAAUUGCCAAACAAUGAUGCCGAUUGGACGUUCACACUGAAGAAGAAUCGUAUGUUCGAGGCGGAUCGUGUCUCCAAUUGGCACAUCAUUUGCCCCGAUAGGGAUCAUUCGCUCACAAUGAAGUUCUCCUCUUUGCUAACAAGUACAGCCGGGAAGAUGGGCUUUCAGCUGGCUCAGCCGAAUUUUCUGCGUAUUCCCGAUGAUCGUGCAACGUCCUAUGUGAAUGCCAUUGAGAAGGCGUGCAAUGAUUCAACGCAGAUCAUCCUGUGCGUUGUACCAAAUCAACGUGGUGAUCGCUAUUCGGCCAUCAAGAAGAAGUCCUACGUGGACAGGGCUGUACCGACACAAGUUAUGUGGACGAAAGUGAUGUCCAAUGACAAGAUUAUCGGUGGUGUGGUGGGAAAGGUGGCCAUUCAGAUGAAUUGCAAGCUGGGAAAUGCCCCGUGGACAGUGAAGGUGCCACUGAAGAAUGUCAUGACGUGUGGCUUCGACGUGACCUACGAUGCCAAUGAUAAAUCCAAGACAUUCGGAGCAUUUGUAGCCACGAUGGACAUCAAGGAGUGCAAUACGUACUACAGUGCAAUCUCGCACCACAAGUACGGUGAGGAAAUGAGCAACUUCCUCAUUGUGAAUGUCUUCAAGGCACUCAAGCAGUACGAGCAGAUCCACAAGCAACCACCAGCGCGUAUUUUCUUCUAUCGCGAUGGCGUUGGGGAGGGUGAUGUGAAUCACGUGCUCAACAUUGAGGUUGCGAGGUUGAGGGAGAAGCUUAAGAGCUCCUACGAGGAGGCUACGCCCAAACUAACAUUCAUUGUGGUUACAAAGAGAAUCAAUACGCGUCUCUUCCGGAAGAUGGGGAAUUCAGUGCAGAAUCCCCCACCGGGUACAGUUGUUGAUGAUGUCAUCACACUUCCGGAACGUUUUGACUUCUUCCUCGUGUCUCAGGCCACGCGCCAGGGGACAAUUUCCCCAACAAGCUACAACGUGAUCUUCGAUGAGUCGGGCCUGUCUCCGGAUAAAAUUCAAAUUUGGACGUACAAGAUGACGCAUCUCUACUACAAUUGGAGUGGGAAUGUGAAGGUCCCAGCCGUGUGCCAGUAUGCACAGAAGCUGGCACUUUUGGUUGGUCAGCACAUUCAUCAGGAGCCGAAUACACUCCUGGAGAGGCAGCUCUACUUCCUCUAAGCUGCCAAAUUGAUUUUCUUUUACUUUUCAAUCAUUUCCACGCGUCGUAAAAAGUACGACAAUCUUUUUUUUUAUUUUUUAUCAUUUUUUCUGGACUUUUUUCUUGACUAUCUUCUGAAUUUUUAAGUCUAAAGUUGACUAAUUAAAAAAAAAAAAGUAUUGACUUGAUCCUCCUUGACUUUGAAAUGAAAUUAUAAUGAAUUUUUACACCUCUGACUACUCUGCCCGAUGAAAUUGAAUUAAUAUUCGAUGUUCAAUUGAAUUGAAUUUGACAAAAGUUGUUUUUUUGUUAUAAAGUUGAAUUUGAAUAAUAAAGUUUUCUUUAAAAGCAAGAAAA